UGCUCGGCCCCCACCGGUUCUUUUUCCAGAAACAAACAUCUUUUUCUAGAGUGGCACCUACACACAUCUACUUGUUUUCUCUCUCAACAGGUGGCUUUAGCCCCUGCCCGGGGACCAGUGCCAAUGACUCUGGUGGUGGUUUCGCUUUCACCUCUCGAAGUCGCGUGAACGAGUGUCCACAGCGUAAUGGGCAAUCAGGUGGAGAAAUUGACCCACCUAAGUUACAAGGAAGUUCCCACUGCCGACCCUACCGGCGUGGACCGAGACGAUGGGCCCCGUAUCGGAGUCUCUUAUAUUUUCUCCAAUGACGACGAGGACGUGGAACCUCAGCCACCGCCCCAGGGGCCUGAUGGCGGAGCGCUGCCUGACUCGGGGGACCGACCUCCCCUGCCCACGCCGCAGCCUUAUGACCCGCGGCAGCAUGAGGUGGAAUGCUCUGUGUUUUAUCGUGACGAGUGCAUCUAUGAGAAAAGCUUCGCGCCGGGGUCGGCUGCGCUGAGCACCUACACACCCGAGAACCUGCUCAACAAGUGCAGUCCGGGCGACCUGGUGGAGUUUGUGUCACAGGCGCAGUAUCCGCAUUGGGCUGUCUACGUGGGCAAUUUCCAGGUGGUGCAUUUGCACCGACUGGAGGUGAGCAACAGCUUCCUUACAGAUGCGAGCCAAGGCCGACGCGGCCGCGUGGUCAACGAUCUGUAUCGCUACAAGCCACUGAGCCCUAGCGCUGUAGUGCGCAACGCGCUGGCCCACGUGGGCGCCAAGGAGCGCGAGCUCAGCUGGCGCAAUUCAGAGAGCUUUGCCGCCUGGUGCCGCUAUGGCAAACGCGAGUUCAAGAUCGGUGGCGAGCUGCGCAUCGGUAAGCAGCCCUACCGUUUGCAGAUUCAGCUCUCGGCUCAGCGCAGUCACACUCUGGAGUUCCAGAGCCUGGAGGACUUAAUCAUGGAGAAGCGGCGCAACGACCAAAUCGGACGCGCGGCGGUGCUACAGGAGCUCGCCACGCACCUGCACCCGGCUGAGCCUGAUGAGGGCGACAGCGAAGCGGCUCGGACUACACCGUCUCCCCUACGCCUCCCUGCAAGGGGCUCAGAGGAGGAAGAGGAUGGAGACUCCGCGGUGCACUGAUACUUGACCUGGGCCCAGAGCUGCAAAAGGGAGCUGUUUGCAGCUGCCGCACCCCCCACCCCUUCCUCUCUUCACGUGGGCCCCAUUUGGUAUUCCUGGGCCUUUUUGAAAAUGCAGAGUUUGCAGAGUUGGUGGAAUGUGAGGCCGGCUUUGGAUGGGGGAGGAGGAAGGGGACUGUGGGAGCAGGUAGAAACAUUUUGGCUGGUGGGUGACCGUGAGGAGCAUUUUCUUCCUGUCCUCUCAGUCUGCCUUCCUUUCUGAGGUGAGAUUAAUUGUGAACUUGCUUAGAGCUUCAACCCUGACAGAUUUGGGAGCAAAUUCAACCCUUCAUAUACUAGCAGGCUUGGGGAAAAUCUCAGAACACAUAAGCACAGCCUUUAGCCUCGGAGGCCCAACCUACUCUUAUCUUGGAGGAUGCAGGGUACAAAGGCCAGUGGGGAUUGGGGAGGAGCCGCUGUGGUCUGCUGGGAUAGCUGCUUAUGAACUUCCCCCACUGAGCUGUGUUUGGGAUCCUAAAGUCUGAAAUGAUUUGUUUUAUGAGAUUCCAGGGGCACCGGACUGCUGAAACCACAAGAUCUGGGAGCAGCAGACCGAAGCCAAACAGCCCUGUAUUAAGUGCAACAAAUACUUGAGCAAACUCAGGCUACAGGCUACAAAUAGAUUUUACUACCUCCCUCCUCCCACCCCCAAGAACCUCCUCUUGGGAAGCUGGCUCUAAGUGGAGUCUUUGGCUCCCAACUUCUUCCCAGUUACAAGUAAAUCAUUGUCAAGGGCCAGCCAGGGAAUUCUGCUGCCACUGUUUUUGGCCUGCUGUUGUGGACUCUUAGAGGUCUGGUGGUGUUAUCAAGGGAGGCAAUAGCCUUUUGUGUCUCUGAUCUAAUUAAACCUGCUUGGCGCGUUCAUCUGCAGGUCACAGAUGGGGUUGGCUUGUUCCACCCCAUAAAGUAUCCUCUAGGGAAUCAGCCAGCGAUGCCCUGGCCAGAAUUAAAUCUCUCCUUAUCCCCUUAGUGAAUGGUGAAAGUAAUCCUUUAAAAACAAAGCCGGACCCAGGGUU